AUGAAUUAUUCAUAUAAAAAAAUUAAAGAUCAAUUAUUAUCAGAUACAAUUCCUAUUAGUGAUCGAGAUUCAAAUGAACAAACAAUUCGACAAAGAAUAUUAACUCGUCGACGGAGUGAACCUUCACUAGCUAUUGAUCAAGAAUCCAAUAAUUAUCAACGUAGCCCUUAUCAUCUAUCGUAUGGUAAUUUAUAUGAUCAAGCUGAUGAUUUAAUUGAUACAGUAUUUGAAGUUCCAACAAAAUGUGUUGAACAAGCAAAAGAAGUUGGUAAACGUGUUGUUCAAUAUGUUGUUGAUCAUAGUCAUCUUCCACAUUGGUUACUUGAUAAUGAAUAUCUUAUAUCAGGACAUCGUCCACCAAUGCCAAGUUUUAAAGAAUGUUUUGCAUCUAUUUUUCGUCUUCAUACAGAAACAGUUAAUAUAUGGACACAUUUAUUAGGUACAUUAUUUUUUAUUAUAAUGGCUAUUUAUUUUAUUUCAAGACCAUCAAGUGAAGUUCAUAUUGAACAAAAAUUAAUUUUUGCUGCAUUUUUUCUUGGUGCUAUUAUGUGUUUGUUAUGUUCAACAUUAUAUCAUACACUUUAUUGUCAUUCACCGGAAAUUUCUAAAUUUUUCAGCAAACUUGAUUAUUGUGGAAUAGCAUUUUUAAUUAUUGGAUCAAUUAUUCCAUUACUUUAUUAUCAAUUUUAUUGUGAAUUUGGUAUAAAAGUGGCUUAUUUAACAUUCAUUGGUGUAUUAGGUAUUGGAUGUAUUAUUGUUUCAAUGUGGGAUAAAUUUUCUGCAUCGCACUAUCGUGUCUAUCGAGCUUUACUCUUUAUUACAUUUGGUAUAUUUGGCUUUAUUCCAACUUGUCAUUAUAUGAUACAAUUCGGGAUAGAACAUGCUUUUACAGUUGGUGCCAUACAUUAUUUACUAUUAGUCGCUGUACUUUAUCUUACUGGUGCUUGUCUUUAUGCUGCACGAAUACCUGAACGAUUAGCUCCCGGACUUUUUGAUAUUUGGAGUGAAUCUACUGGUGAUACUGAUACAAAACCAUCUUAUUUACGAAGUUAUUCCAAUCCAUUGAAAACAGAUAUAUCUACUGACGAUGAUGAUCUAAUUGAUACAGUUCUUGAAGUUCCAACAAAAUGUGUUGAACAAGCAAAAGAAGUUGGUAAACGUGUUGUUCAAUAUGUUGUUGAUCAUAGUCAUCUUCCACAUUGGUUACUUGAUAAUGAAUAUCUUAUAUCAGGACAUCGUCCACCAAUGCCAAGUUUUAAAGAAUGUUUUGCAUCUAUUUUUCGUCUUCAUACAGAAACAGUUAAUAUAUGGACACAUUUAUUAGGAACACUAUUUUUUAUUAUAGUGGCAAUCUAUUUUAUUUCACGACCAUCAAGUGAAAUUCAUAUUGAACAAAAAUUAACGUUUGGCGCAUUUUUUCUCGGAGCUAUUCUUUGUUUAUUAUUUUCAACAUUAUAUCAUACACUUUCUUGUCAUUCACUAAAAGUUUCAAAACUUUUUAAUAAACUUGAUUAUUGUGGUAUAUCAAUAUUAAUUAUUGCAUCAUUCAUUCCAUGGCUUUAUUAUGGAUUCUAUUGUGAAUUUGGAACGAAAGUAGCCUAUUUGUUAAUAACUAUUUUAUUAGGUACUGGAUGUAUUAUUGUUUCAAUGUGGGAUAAAUUUGCUGCACCAGAAUAUCGUACAUGUCGAGCACUUCUUUUCAUUGCAUUUGGUCUUUUUGGUUUUGUUCCAACUUGUCAUUAUGCCUUAUCAUUUGGUUUUAAACAUGCGUUUACAACGGGUGCUGCUCAAUGGUUAGUGGUCAUGGCUGUCUUAUAUAUUUCUGGUGCUUGUCUUUAUGCUGCUCGUAUACCUGAACGAUUAGCUCCUGGUUACUUUGAUAUCUGGUUUCAAAGUCAUCAAAUUUUUCACGUAUUUGUUGUAGCUGCAGCAUGUGUCCAUUAUUAUGGAUUAUGUGUGCUUUCACUUCAUCAAUCAAGCAUUGGUGAUUGUCGUAAACGUAUAAUACCACCAUUUAGUAGUGUUCUCAAUUCAAUGUUUGAUUAA